AUGUCAGGACCUCAAUGCUGCUCAAACCCACCACAUCUGAACCCUACUGCAGGAGCUGGUCACGUUGAAAAACUCGCUGGUCUCGAUUCAUAUGUUGCUGGCUCCCCCGAUUCCAAUCUUACUGUUCUUCUUAUCUCUGACGUUUUUGGGUAUGAAGCACCGAAUUUAAGGGCCAUUGCAGACAAGGCUGCAGCUGCUGGAUAUUAUGUGGUUGUUCCUGACUUCUUGCACGGUGAUCCCUAUAAUCCUGAGAAUGCUGACCGGCCUAUACCUGUCUGGUUAAAAGAUCAUGGCACGGACAAAGGAUCUGAAGCUGCAAAAUCCAUAAUUGAAGCUUUGAAAAGUAAAGGGGUUUCGGCUAUUGGGGCUGCUGGAUUUUGCUGGGGAGCUAAACUCGUGGUUGAACUUGCAAAAUCCAGACUAAUCCAAGUUGCUGUGCUUUUACAUCCAUCAUUUGUCUCUGUGGAUGACAUCAAGGGUGUUGAUAUUCCAACUGCUGUACUUGGAGCUGAGAUUGACAAAAUGUCUCCUCCAGAGCUUGUGAAACAGUUUGAACAAGUCCUAACUUCAAAACCUGGGGUUGAUUGUUUUGUUAAAAUAUUUCCUAAAGUCUCCCAUGGCUGGAGUGUGAGGUACAGCAAAGAAGAUGCAGAAGCUGUAAAGGCUGCAGAGGAGGCCCAUCUGGACUUGGUGAACUGGUUUGAUAAACAUCUUAAGUAA